AUGCCAACAGACCUGCCAACCUAUGCCAACUGCCCUGCCAACCUACGCCAACUACCCUGCCAACCUACGCCAACUGCCCUGCCAACCUACGCCAACUGCCCUGCCAACCUACGCCAACUGCCCUGCCAACCUAUGCCAACUGACCUGCCAACCGACGCCAACUGCCAUGAUCUUCACAGACCAACACCAGUCCACGUUUACAUUUACCGCAGCAGAGAGCCGAGCGAGAGUCUGACGGCCGCGGUCUCGUUCCAAUCCCCUCUCUGCUUCUGUCAGCACCAGAGCGAGCUAACUCCCUCCAACACCAACGCCACUUCACCCACGCCGCACAAACAAUCCCCGUGUGGCCCACAGGUAAACUCCUCCAAGUCCCUUAUGUAA